AUGUCGACUCUUGUGGGGAAGACGGGGAAGAUGGGUGGGAUGGUUUGGUGUGGGUUUGGAACGGUAAGUAAGACCAGGCGUAGAAACGGGAUGAGGUGCGGACCGGGAUUCCAAGGCUAUCGGCACAACAUGCUCGUCUUCCCCCCCGUGCCAGGAAGACCUUUCGAUAUCGCCUUUUUUGUGAUGCCGUGCUUGGACUGAGGACGGCCGCUCGCUCCCCGUGGAUCGGCACGGAAAUUGUGGGGGGUGUAGCCCCGGAUGGGUAGGAGUCAGGGUCCGGGGGUACCGUGCUUGCACACGUUUGUGAAGUUGUAGCGGUUUUUGUUGGGGGGUCGUGUGGUGGUGUGAGGAAAGUUUCUCGGCGCAGUGCCAAGCGGGAGGACGGGUGCGCGCGGCAGAUCUGCGAAGAACCGAGCAGCAUGAGCUUGAGGUGCAUGCAUGCGCAGGAGUAAGGGAGGAAGCAGUUGGAUAAAGGAUAACAAAGAUAGCAGGUGCUUGGUGUUCGUUCGUUCCUCGUGGUGCCCAGGUUAGCCUAGCCUAGCCUAGCCUUAUCCCUCCGUCAACACCCGUGAUUCUGACUUUUCUCUUCGACCGUGGCAUGAAGCCCGACA